UUACGUCAGUUCAUGGGACCCGACUUGGGGCUGACGCUGAUUUCCUUAACAUGGGCUCUUUCGUUUCACAGCCCCUUGACCCUGUCAAGUUCGUUGCGCCUCCCGAGGCCACCUCCACCGCUAAGCCCGCACAGGUCACUGCACCCGGAGCGCCAGCCUCUCCAGCGCAAGCCCCUCUAUUUAAUAACUGCUGGAGCUGUCGCGUGCUCUCCGGGUCGGGGCUGAUAGGGGCAGGCGGGUAUGUGUACUGGAUGGCGCGGAAGCCCAUGAAGCUGGGAUAUCCCCCGGGUCCUGGGACUAUUGCGCAGAUGAUCUUCGGCAUCAGUUGUGGAGAAAGCCUGAGUGAGGGCACUUGACCUUUGGCUUUGAAGGCAUUGCUUGCUGGGGUGUGGUCAUCCUGUCAGACCCCAAAGGGAAGGCCUUCCGCACUGGAUGACAGUACCACCCGUGAAUCUGCCGUCUCCCCACGUCCCCACGUCACACAGAGCAAGCAUGGCAGUUAUAGAUGUUCCGGACAGAAACACGGACAUUGACAGACUUCAGUCAUGCAGAUACUACAUGACUGAAAAGACAAACAUGGAUUGUCAUUCAUGGGCCAUGACUGUUUAUGGCCUUCUUUGCAGGUUCCACAGGGACCAAUAAAUCCCUGAGAGAAGAGAAGAGGUUCUGUGUCUUAUUUGAGGAAGGACGGUAUAAUUGUAAAUAUAUAUAUAGAGAGAGGAAGUGAUAAACUAAAUGGGAAAGUUAGCUAAAGUUAUUUUCAAUAGUUCUUUUUUUUAUCAUACUUCUCCUAUAAUUGGCUCAGCACCUACUAUCCUGGAUAGGUAUCAUAUAAUACACAGAAGUACAUAAAAAAUGUAUUUGCAUACUGCUCAUACUUCCCAAAGCAUUGUCAGAUCCAUGACCUUUUGAGAGUUUACCAGCUACUCUGAGGAGGUUAUGUCAUUGGUGGUAAGUGAACAUUAAAAAACAGAGUCCUAGUGAUAUGCCCAGGCUCAUUCAGCGAUGGGUGUUCGGACUUGUUCUUGUCUUUCAGAAGUAGGAUUGUUCCCAGGAAGCAAGAAUUAUGUUUAUGAAACAAUUGGAUAAGCAUAAAAAUCAUAAAAUAAAAAGCUUAAGUACCAAAA